AUGGGAAGCCGUCCGCAGUCCCCUUCGGGGACCGGUCCCGUGGACCUAUCCAUGCCUCGACACGGACUGCGACGUGAUUCUAUGCGAAGCAGCAUGAGUGUCGUGUCGGACGUGGAAAUGGCCCAGCAUGAGGUCUUCGAUGGUCCAAUCUCGGAAAGUAUACCGUCUAGUGUGGUCUCGUUCGCCCACCGCCGCAACCGAGCAGACUCCACCGUGAGCUUCACAUACUUCCAGGACGAAGAAGACUUUGCCGAAUGGUCGAAUGAAGAUGCGGUGGAGGAAAGCGACGACGAAGCGUCUCUACGUGGACUUGAGGAGGCGGAUAUUGAGUCAGUCAGAGGUUCCUUCGCGUCUAAGCGAUUGUCUACCUCUCGUGACUCGGUUGAGCGUCCUCUUCUUUCUCGCUACAUGUCCGCUAGCUCGUAUGGCCGAGAUCGAAGGACGGGUAGUCGUCUGAACCAAAAAGUCUACAUAGUAUCGGAGGACUUGACUGCAGUAUUUGCUGGUUUCUCUACCAGCACUGGUGGAUUUGCCCUCUAUAUCGCUCUGUGCAUCUUGUCAGGUGGAUUUGCCUACCUUCUCUUCCGAUGGCUGCCACGAUGGCGAGUCAAGUUAAUUGGAAAGGCAACGCCGAUAGGAAAAUGCCAAUGGGUUGCUAUCGAGGACCAAUGGAACCAAUUCACCAUUCAUGAAGUUGGCAGUCAGCCAUACGGGCGUCCGCUUUCUACAGUCUUUGCCGACUCUCUACUCCACACUCUUGAUGAAGAUGGAGACCCAACUAUUGCGAAUUUACUAUUUAUUGACUAUAGGUACAUGCGAUUCUUUUACCACCCGAUUGAGGACAAGUUUUCCCUGAUCAAUGGUUGGAAAGAUCCUUCAUGGACCAAUGCCAAGGUCAUGCGAGAAGGUUUGGAUGCCGAUGAGCGAGACAGCAGGGAGCAAUUGUUUGAACGCAACUGCAUUGAAAUAAUCCAGAAGACUGUUCCACAGUUGCUCGUUGACGAGGCCUUUCAUCCCUUCUACAUCUUCCAAGUUGCAAGUUUACUUCUAUGGUCCAUGGAUGAAUACUAUUAUUACGCUAUCUGUAUCUUUCUCAUCUCGUUCUUCAGCAUAGCAACAACUGUGCUUGAGACAAAAUCGACAAUGAGCCGGCUGAGGGAGAUAUCCCUCUUCGAAUGUGAUGUUCGUGCUCUAAGAAAUGGAUUCUGGCGAUCUGUUUCCUCCCAAGAGCUGGUCCCAGGCGAUGUGUUUGAAUUCUCCGACCCAUCCCUCAACCAGGUCCCGUGCGAUUGCAUUCUGUUGUCAGGAGACUGCAUUGUGAAUGAAAGCAUGCUGACCGGCGAAUCUGUUCCUGUGUCUAAAAUACCUCUUACCGAUGACGCCCUUGGAUAUCUCGACUUAAGCACCCCCUCUAUCCAUCCUAAUGUUGCCAAACAUUUCCUUUUCAGUGGGACGAAAGUCAUUCGGGCUAGACGCCCUCAGAAUGUUGACGACGAUGAAGCAGUGGCUUUAGCAAUUGUUGUCAGAACUGGCUUUUUAACCACCAAAGGUGCCCUAGUUCGUUCAAUGCUUUUCCCCAAGCCAUCUGGAUUCAAAUUCUACAGAGAUUCGUUCCGCUAUAUCGCAGUGAUGGGAGUAGUUGCGCUUCUUGGAUUCAUUGCUUCAUUUGUCAACUUUGUUCGAUUGGGUCUCGCCUGGCAUUUGAUCAUCAUUCGAGCCCUGGAUUUGAUCACGAUUGUUGUGCCGCCAGCUCUUCCGGCCACGCUCACUAUUGGAACCAAUUUUGCCCUCUCCCGACUUAAGAAACAGAAUAUAUUCUGUAUCAGUCCACAAAAGGUAAAUGUGGGUGGAAAAUUGGACGUUGUUUGUUUCGAUAAAACGGGAACUCUCACAGAAGAUGGACUAGACGUGCUCGGAGCGCGGAUAGUCACUCGUGGGCAAGGGUUCUCUGAUUUGCUCUCUGAGACUUCCGAAGGAUUCCUCCUCUCGCCCUCAACUUCAAACUCUGCGUACGAUAUAGAAAAACAAAAUAAGAUCAUAUACACCAUGGCAACAUGCCACUCCCUCAGGGUAGUGGAUGAUGAGCUGUUGGGUGAUCCUCUGGACGUGAAGAUGUUCCAAUUUACCAACUGGACAUUUGAGGAGGGAGGAAACCAUAUUUCUGACCAGACAAGCCCCAAAUACGAUACAAUCGCACCGUCAGUUGCGAAGCCACCACCUAGUGCCCGGCAGGAUGUAAAUAACCCCUUGGAACUUGGAGUACUGCGCAGCUUCGAAUUUGUUUCUGAGCUUCGCCGUGCAAGCGUCGUUGUCAGGCAAUUCGGUGAUAACGGAGCAAACUUCUUCGUCAAGGGUGCCCCGGAAAGCAUCAAGGAUAUUUGUCUUCCCGGAACCCUUCCAUCGGACUAUGAAGAUCUUCUCAACUAUUACACCCACAAAGGAUAUCGCGUGAUUGCCUGCGCCGCCAAGUACGAACGAAAAUUGAGCUGGAUGAAAGUUCAGAAAAUGACCCGAGAGGAGGCUGAAUCAAACCUGGAAUUCCUGGGAUUCAUCAUCUUCGAGAACAAAUUGAAGCCCAGUACUGCUGGUGUGAUUACUGAGCUGAACGAAGCAGGAAUUCGGAAUGUGAUGUGCACCGGCGACAACAUCUUGACUGCAAUCAGCGUUGCUCGCGAGUGCAAGAUACUUGGACGCAACGAAAUGUGUUUCAUCCCGCAUUUUGUCGAAGCACCUGGUAUUUCCUCUAAAAUUUCUCUCAUAUGGGAAUGCGUGGACAAUCCUGACCUCCAGCUGGACCCGAGAACACUUUUGCCCAUCCAUACUGCGGAGACGGACCUCUCUGUGCCAGGAAGCACCCUCACUGAGCGUGAAUACUCUGUCGCAGUGACAGGUGAUGCAUUUAGAUGGUUGAUUGAUUACGGCAACGAAGAUGUCCUCAAUAAGGCAAGUAUAUCAUUAUGUCCUGUGCUUGUAUUUGGAAAGGUGUUUGCCAGAAUGUCACCGGAUGAAAAACAUGAACUGGUCGAAAAACUCCAGUCUAUUGAUUACUGCUGUGGUUUCUGCGGAGAUGGUGCCAAUGACUGUGGUGCAUUGAAGGCAGCAGAUGUUGGUAUUUCAUUGUCAGAUGCUGAGGCGUCUGUUGCUGCACCGUUUACUAGCCGUGUCUUCGAGAUCUCCUGUGUUCCAACAUUGAUUCGAGAGGGUCGAGCUGCCUUGGUGACAAGCUUCUCCUGUUUCAAGUUCAUGAGUCUUUAUUCCGCCAUCCAAUUCUCCACAGUCAGCUUUCUAUACACUUCAGGCUCCAAUCUUGGUGAUUUCCAGUUUCUUUUCAUCGACCUCGCGCUCAUCAUGCCAAUCGCAAUAUUCAUGGGUUGGGCUGAUCCUGCCCCAACACUCUCUCGCAAACGGCCCACUGCCGAUCUGGUCUCACGCAAGGUCUUGACACCUUUGCUUGGACAUAUAUCCCUGGUCAUACUAGCGCAAUUUGCGGUCUUCAAGACCGUACAGAUGCAACCAUGGUUCAUGCCGCCCCAGCUAGACCUCGAGAAGAGCAAUAUUGUCAACUCAGAAAAUACUUCUUUGUUCUUGUUCUCCUGUUUCCAGUAUAUUCUCACCAGCGUCAUUCUCAGCGCCGGCCCGCCGUUCCGGAAGCCGAUGACCCAGAAUGUACCGUACCUGUGUACGAUCAUUAUCGACAUUCUUAUCGCGGCUUACAUGCUAUUCAGACCAUCGGGAUGGGUGUCUGAAGUGAUGCAACUGACUUUCAUGUCUGAUGCAUUCAGAAGCUGGCUAAUGGCACUAGCAUUCGGGAUUUUCUUCUUGGCUUGGAUCGCGGAGAAGAAUGUAUUCCCACGUGUGGCACAUAUACUUGGACAUGCUCGUGCUCGCUUGCAGCCAGGCUACCGCAAGAAGCGUCGCAUGUACAAGAUCUUGUUGGAGGAGAUGCGUAUGUGA